AUCUUCCAUUGGAAUAGAGGAGAUCGAAUAAAAAUUGUACAGGAUUUUCGCAGCAUGAAUUGGUAUGGCAGCUUUAUUGACAAUCUCAGAAUUUAUGUUCGUGGCGGGAGUGGUGGAAUGGGACUUCUUCGACUUGGGGGUGAAGGUGGUAAAGGUGGUGACGUCUGGGUUGUAGCGCAAGAUGGAAUGUCCUUAAAAAAGAUCAAGGAUAAAUAUCCAAGUAAACGUUUUGUGGCUGGUGUUGGUGCUAACAGCAGUAUUCGAUCGCUUAAGGGAGUAAAGGGAAAUGAUUGUGAAAUUCAUGCUCCAGUUGGAAUUUCAAUCACUAAUGAUGAUGGGCAGGUAAUAGGUGAAUUAAACAAAAAGGGAGAUCGAGUUAUUGUAGCCCACGGCGGUCGUGGUGGUUCGUUUGUGACUAACUUUUUGCCUUCUAAAGGCCAAAGCAGAAUUAUACGGAUGGAUUUGAAGCUUGUAGCUGAUGUAGGAUUGGUUGGGUUUCCAAAUGCAGGGAAAUCUUCAUUAUUGAGUCAGCUGUCUCAUGCCAAACCUAAGAUUGCAGAUUAUCCAUUCACUACCAUGAGACCAGAAAUUGGCAAGUUAAUGUACAGUGAUUACAAACAGAUAUCGGUGGCUGAUUUGCCUGGUUUGAUUGAAGGUGCACAUUUAAACAAAGGGAUGGGUCACAAAUUUCUUAAACAUGUGGAGAGGACCAAGCAGCUGCUUUUUGUGGUAGAUGUAACUGGAUUUCAGCUUUCUUACAAAGCCCCUUUUAGAACAGCUUUUGAAGCUAUACAGCUGUUAACAAAGGAGUUGGAGUUAUAUAAAGCAGAGCUUUUAUCUAAGCCUGCUCUUUUGGCUGUAAACAAAAUGGAUUUGGAGAAUGCUGAAGAGAAGUUUAAAGAGCUGAUGCAACAACUUCAGAAGCCUGAAGCUUUCUAUCAUUUAUUGACAGAAGAGAUGACUCCCUUAAGACCAGUCCAGUUUCACCACAUAAUCCCAGUAUCUGCAUCAACUAAAUAUGGAAUUGAAGAAUUGAAAAACUGCAUUCGGAAAUCAUUAGAUGAUCAAGAUGAUCUAGAAAAUGAACAGUAUCGCCUUGAAAAAUUACAGAGUUUACAUUCAAGUACUUUCAAAUGUACCUAGAACUAGUAAAGUCAGCAAUUAUUGGAACAAAUCUUCCAUACUGGAGAGAUGGAAGAUUUAUGCUAUCAUUCAUUUCACAUGAGUCAAGAAGCUUGCCAGAGGAAAAGUAGAAGGACUAGUUGCAAGUCCGCUCAAUGAAGCCUGAUCUUAAUAAUGCUGCUACAUUUGCAUUUACUUCAAUUGAUUAUGAAUACCCAGAUUCAUGCAGCACAAAAUGGGAUCAUUUGUCUAUUCACACCUAUUGCCUUUUAAAGAGCUAUUUAUUAGUGUCACAACUCUGCUCCUUACUUGGAGGCCUGCAAAUGUUUCCUUUUCAGGUAUUCAGCUAUUUCCAUUUUAAAAAGUUAUUAUGUCUGUUUCCAUCAUUUUUUUUAGGUCAUUCAUUCCAGAUCAAUAUUACUGGGGAAAUAAAAGCUUGCUAUUUUCAGAAUUUCACCAUUCAACCACAUCUAUCCCUAUUGUCAGCAUUAAAAUCGAGACUUCAUAGUUCCACCUUUUGAAAGGUUUAGAAACGUGACAUUGCAAGACAAGAAAUUGUUUUUAUCCAAAGACGAUUCUAAACAAUGACUGCAGAUGCUGGAAACCAGAUUCUGGAUUAGUGGUGCUGGAAAAGCACAGCAGUUCAGGCAGCAUCCGUGGUGCUUUUCCAGCACCAUUAAUCCAGAAUCUAGAACUGUCUUUGGCACUCUCUACUUGGAAAAGAUGUUUGAUGAUGAAUAUAGCAAUUGUCCAUGGGUAUGAGAAAAAAAUAUAAGCCACAAAUAUGUAUUAGGAUGCAAAUGGACAAAGGAGAAUGCAACAGAAGUGGGUCCCCAUGGAAAUGGUUUGAUACACAUUUUAAUGUGCUUCAAGAAUCAAGUAAUACAAAAGCAAAUUAUCUAGUCUUUCUUGUUCAAUAGGUUGAGUGGUUCCCUGUUGUAUCAGCAGGGAUGGAGGUUGAGUGUGUGGUGCUGGAAAAGCACAUCAGGAAUCAUGAAAGGAAUAUACCCGACCCAUGCUUUUACAGCACCCCACACUCGACUCUGAUCUCCACCAUCUUCAGUCCUCACUUUCUCUCAAUAGGGAAGGUGUCAGGCUGCUGGCUUAUUUUCCUCAGGCUUCCCUAAUAAUCUCAGAGAACCUGUAUACUGAAUAAUCUUCCAAUUAUCAGAAUGUGUAUUGUCUUCCUUCAGUAAGUUUUGUGAUUUAUAGCAAUAGGCUGCAAGGGAACCACAGUAAAUGGUUGAAAUUUUGUGCCAAAUCCAGAUGCCAAAUCAUUAGGCAUCCUGCAAUAGUGCAUAUUAAAUGGCUUGAGUGGAAAGUAAUAAAUAUCAAAGUUCCAGCCUAAUCUGAGUUUCAUUUCCAAGAAUGAGAUUUAAAUACCUGCUACCAACACAGCAAUAAGCAGUAAGAAACUAAUCUAUUUAUGAGAAAUGCCUUGGAAGAUCAAAAUCAUCUUACUAAAAUGGAUAUCAAGUAAGCUUCAUAAUGGGCAGUUGACUUAGAAGAUUCAUGGCUGGGCAGCAAAUUUAAAAACUAUCCCGAUUUUUUAAAACUAAUUGAACAGCAAAAUAAAAAAAACAAUUUCCAAUCCAGGGAUGACAUUAACAGGCAAAAUCAAAUUCCAGAUUAACUGGGGUUUUUUUUUAUUAAGAUAAUAUAUUACAACAGCAUUGUUUCAGAAAAGCAUGAGAAUUCAUCAGUGUCGCAUUAUAUACAAUGUGUGAUAAUGUACACGGCCAAUAGAAGCUUACUACUCAGCCAAAGAAAAUGACCUUUUUUUCUAGAUCAGCAAGAUACAGUGGUGUAAUUGGUGCAACAUUCUUUCGCUAUUCUACUGAAGCGUUUGGAGCAAGUAUAAAAUGGAUUAAAAAGUGUAAAAAUGAAAAUGCCAACAGUCUCAAUACAACAUUGCUUCAAUGAUUAGCAUUAUAACCAGCCUGUUACAAUGUCAGCUACAUCACUAUAGUCAAAGAUGAAUAUUGAAGCUGAUCUCGGUUUUUAAAAAAAAAGGCAUUCCAUAAAUUAUAAAGUGACGACAUGACAUUGUUACCUUUUUGACAUGCAGAAUAUAUGGUAAACAUCAAACAAUAUUUUUCAGUAUGCACUGGUGUAUGCAGUACAGACAAAGUGGCUGAAAAUAUAAGGGACAAUUUAUCAUACACUUUCAAUAUCCCCUAAUAGUAA